UCCCUGCUGCCCACCACGGCCUAGAUCUUCCCGCCGCGGGAGGCUGUCCGGGGGACACGGGUGUCCCCCGCCCCACACUGGAAGAUGGGGGCUGUGUGACUGGCCGGGCUCCGCCGCCGCCGCCCCCGCGGUGGGUUUGCUGCGCUGCCGUGAUGGACGACGCCUCCACCCUGGAUUACGAACUGCUGUCGCCAGGGCAGGCGGAGCCCGGCCCCGGGGCCCUCGGCAUGGACGCCGAGCAGAAGACCGUCUUCGCCUUCGUCGUCUUCCUGCUCAUCUUCCUGGUGAUGCUGAUGGUGCGCUGCUUCCGCAUCCUGCUGGACCCGUACAGCCGCAUGCCGGCCUCGUCCUGGACUGACCACAAGGAGGGGCUGGAGCGCGGCCAGUUCGACUACGCCCUCGUCUAG